AUGCAGGGAUCUCCAUACAGCCACCAAUCGACUACUGCUGAAGCGGUCGAUGCCCCCUACAGCGAUGCGCACAUUGCGACGGUGCUGUCGCUGUCGCCCUUCUCAGAUUUUUGCAAGUUGCGUGAUAAGUGGGCCGCCAAGCCGCUGAUCCGCGGCUGCUAUGUCGGCAUGUGUGGCGGCGACCCGGCGCAGCGGGAGCGGCGCGAAGACUUCGAGCUCAUCACGCUCAACACCUCACCCUCGGCAUCGUCACAUGCGUUUGGCGGCGGUGCACGUCUGAGCGCCGUGUGGGGGCAAGUAGAGGCGUACAGCCGAUCCGCAGCAGGCAAGACGAUUGAUCCGGCGCAGCAGCGGACGCCGCUGGCGCUGGAGAAGUCGAUGCACUUUCUUGUCGAGCACUACCUGCGCGUGCCGCACACGCCCCUCGUCUACGCAGAGCCUUUCCGGGUCUGGGGCUACCUGUGGGACCGGUUUCGCGGUAUCCGCACGACGUGGGGUCCUCAGCUGCCCCCGAGCAACGUUAGCCUUCAGGGAUACGUGGACAGCGAAACGGGUCGCACGCUCUCCGUGGAAGAGCUGCACCGCGAGAGCUACCGUCGCGUGCGCUGGCUCGAGUUCACCGUCGCCGCACUCGCCGUGGGCGGGGCGUACCUCUGCUGCUCCCCCGAAGGCUGCCAGCGGUUCAUGCAAGACAAGAAGCAGUUCCUCGAGUCCAUGUCGCAGUGCUUCACCGACCUCACCGUCUUCUACCGGGCAGAGCAGCGGCACCGCAACGCCGAGUUCUUUUCUGUACUGCUGCUGCUCUACGGCCUGCAGCAGGAAAUGAAGGUCGAGGACCGCUCGUCGUUCUGCCGCUUCCACACGGUCAUCGUGAACGGCGAGCCUCGCCUGUGUCCAGAGAACGCGUCGGAAAGUGUCAACCUUGCGCAGGUGUACCGAGAGCUGGAGAAGCAGCCGCACAUGCUCGAGACGCAGCCGGUGCGGGUGGCCCUUGAGCUCAUCCACUUCUGGGCGGCGCGGCAGUGGUUUCAAUUCUUCGAAUUCUGCAAGUCUGCCCCCAUGACACUGCUGCAGCGCGCUGUCGUCUUCCAGUCCUUCACCUACGGUCGCUACCGCGCGGUACUGGAUCUUGUGUUGCCCAACUACUACGUCUAUCCAAAACUGCGCGUGCGACAUGCCAUCCUGGUCGCCGAGUUGGCCGACCAGCUCAUGAUGAACCAUGACCAUUGCCUCGAGUUCCUGAAGCGGAUGGGCCUUGAUGCUCAACUCGAGUGCAAGACUCCGCACCAGCUGCGGCAACAAGCGGCAAGCUCCUUCUACCCCAUCGCGUCACCGCCGUCCGGCCCCACGGCUGCCACCGUCGCAGAAGCCUCCGCGAGUGGUGGUAAAGCCGGCUGGUACCUGAACCUGUGCCACCCGAACUCGGACCCUCUCAUCACGGCAGAUGAGCUCGAGAAGAGGUGCGUUAAUAAGCGGGCUCUCUUCUUCCCGACGCACCCCACCUUCUUCGGGUUUCGCGUCUCGCACGUGGCGUACGAGCGCUUCCCAGACGCGAAGGGUUUUCCAACCGCCGGCACCGAAGACGUCUGUGAUGCGCUUGCGGUGGCCGGAAGCAGCUCGCCAGUCGGCCGCGGCGCCGUGCGAUCCCCCUCGGGUCUUCAGGGCCGCGUCGCACCGCGGUCAAAGCCGGGUACGUUGCCGAGGAGGCGUUCAGGGUUGGCAGGCCGCGGUGACUCCGGGGACGGCGGUGAUGAGGACUACUAUUUCGAUGAGUACUGCCACGACGGCGGUAACGACGAAGAGUGCGAGAGGGAUGACGGUAGCGGUAGCGAUGACGGCGGCGCCUACCGGAACACGGGCGAUGGCUGCGACUCGCCACCGCAGCGGCAAUCAACGGUGUCUCCUCCCUCUGCGGUGUCGCCCUCCUUGGACAAGGAAGCGGCUCUGCUCGGCCAGCCUGGAUGCCCCGUGAACCUGAUGGAGGUGUUGGAGGUCUACUGCCCACCCUACAACAGCGAAGUCGCCGCGCUGCGGCUGUCGGACGCCAGUGAGGAGCUGUUUGCGUCGCUGCCGGCGCACCGCGCGGAAAUGCUGCUCCGCUGCCGCGAUGCGCACCGGCGAGCCCGGCACUGGCAAAGGGCGUCCGCGCGUGACGCUGACACGGCGGCGGCGGUGCCCGAGGAGGAGGCGCUGUACUGGGCAGAGAAGAUGGAGAUGGAGUCCGUCUCCACGGCGAGCAGCCUCUUCGACGGCAGCGAUGACGACGAUGUGGACGACGACGAGGGAGAGGGACAUGACGUUGAUGCGCCGCUGCCGCAUCGCACUGCAGUCGCGGACGUGUCGUUGUCAUCGCGGGCCGACGCUGUCCCACCAGCAGUCAUCGAAGCCCGGCAGCUGCUCACCGCUAUCCGGGAUAACCCACUCUACGCGGCAGCCGCAGCAGACCACGCGGAGGCGGAGGAGAAGGCUCGGCGAGCGAAGCAGGCAAAGGCCGACGCGCGAAGAGGGACAACCGCCGCAGAGGCAGCUCGAAGCGACCAACCGCAGCAAGCUCCGACACUCAGUGAGACGGGUUCAUGCAUUGUCGCCCCUCUGCCAGACGAUGACAACAAUGACGCCGACCAGCGCUGCAAGUCGCAGAACCCACGUGUUGCUGUCGAGCUGCCAGCAACGCUACCGACUCGGCGCCUAGUGGACAUAAUUGGAAACGAUGCUGGUGCGCAGGCGGUUACAGAGGGCAGUGCGAGGGGCCCCCGAGACGUGAGCGCGACGCAUCAGGAGCGGCAGCAAAGUGUGGACCGGGAAGACUCAGCCACGACGGUGGAGCCGCACCGGCAUCUGCAGCCACAGAAGCCAGCGUCCCCAUCACCUCCGUUGUCGAUGCCGACGCUUCAGCCUCUCGUGCCCACGGCGGCCAACGUGUUCACACCUGGCAAACGUGAGCCGACCGUUGUUGCUGGCACCGACAACACAACACCGAUCCCCACGGCGGGGCAGCGCGAGGGCAGCAGCAGCGGCAGCAGCAGCGGUAGCGGUGCACCAAUGCUAGGCUACAGUCAUCUAAAGCCGCUGAAACAGACGCUGUCCGGCGACGGCGAGGAUGACGAGAAGAGCGCUGGUGCUGACACAGAGCCAGGGCUUUUGAGUGGCAGUGACGAGCCCACCUCCGCGUCUGCUGUCGACGGCUCCGAGGCGACAUUGGACAGCAGCUCCGCCGAGGGCGACACAUCGGCGCCGCCCUGUCCGCCUCUGUGGGGCGGACAGCGUGCUUUGCCGGUGCCACCGUCGACGGUGACGUCCGACAGCUUCACGCCGCGGUUUCCACCGGAAACGCGACCGGAAUAUUCAGCAGCCGGUGCAGUGUCUCACCGCACCGGCGGAGAGGCGGCACGAGGAGCCGCUAGCGAGAACGAGAGCGGCGAGGAUGCUGUUGCGGAGGUGCGGGCACGCGUCAGCGACGAAGGUGUCUGGAAGCACCACAGGGCCGAGACGGCGUGGCAGCGUGGUGUGCGCGUGCAGCGACCGUCACCGGUGCCUAUCCCUGCCGCCUCCGUGGACGUCUUCGCUCGCGCGUGCGUUCCCCUUAUUGAGGAGUACCUGCAUCUGUGGGUGCGACUGACACACGAAGACGACACGACGCUGCGCACGGCAGCGCAGUACGUGCUCGAUAUCCGUGAAGCUCAGGCAGAGGCGCCAGCUACGCAGGGCGCCAACGGUGGCCCCGAGGGCGGCGAUGAAGCUCGUUGUGCGGUACACACUCGGCGAGGGCGCCUGGCGCAACGUCGUUGCAACAGCGCACUGAGAGGCGGAAGAGGAGCAACAGUGGCAGCGUCCACAUGGUGGCGGCAGCGGCGUCUGCGAAGCACCGCCCGUGCGAUGGCGCUCGUGGCUCGUCAGCUUCUCACCACGGCGGUGCUUCGGGGAAGCAUGAGCGAGUACGGGCAGCUGAUGCGGGACCUCUCCCUAUCAGGGUGGGCGCCCUCAAAGGCGGCAGACCACGAUUCGGCUUUUGGUGGCGGUCUCCACGCAACGGACCCUAGCCGCAGAGGCGUGGCGAUGGCGCGCGCGACGCAGCGGCACUGUGCCACCUACGACGACAGCGACGACGCGCGAGCGGCACGCCUAAGCCGCGGUUGCUCCGUGGCCAUGCUCUCUGCAAGCAACGUUGACGCGAUUCUCGCCGCCGCGCAGACACAAUCUAACAGGACUUUGGCGAGCACCGCGGAUGGCGCAGUAACCGCGUGGCCCUUGGCCACGAGUGCUGCCUCGACGCGCUCUGCGGUGCCCUUCACGUUCACGCAAGAAACGGCAGGUCUUGGCUACGCGAAGGACACAUGCGAGGCCGCCUUGGGCGAAGCCAUGAACACCGUCUUCAGCUGCGCCGUUGGAGCAGUGACGCUGCCCGCCCGCGACUCACUCGCUGCUUUACUCUCCAGUGCGGUCGACGUGUCGCUCGACUCUGCCGACGCCUGCAGCCACUCCCGCCGCACCUGCACAGCGGCAGCGCUGCAGCUCACCAGCAUCUAUAUCUGGGUGAGUGCCGAGAGCUACUGUGACUGCGAGUGCCCUGCCACGCCGGUAGCCGUAGCCGACACCGGCGCGGCGGACGCGGCGCUGUUUGCUCGAUUGUUUCAGAGUGAACGGGAGCGGUGGCUCGUGUCCGUGAUGCUGCCGGCAACCGCAUGCACGGCAUUCGAGGUGUUCGGCGAUGUGGAUAACCGAAGCGACGAUGAUGAUGAUGAUGAUGAUGAUGAUGAUGAGCGACCAUCGCGGGGGCAGUCCAACGCCAGGCGACGGGGCAGAAAGCGUUGUCGCAGCAGCGCGCAGCACAGCCACGUCGGCGACAACACGCGCAGUGUUCGAUGGCUGAGUGAAGUGGACACGGAUCCGCACAGCGUGACCUGCACGCCCUCUCCAGCCCCGCUUGUGGCGCGGCUGUUUCAACGCGAUCAUGUCGCAGAGGUGCGGAUGGUGCGCUCCGCAGUGCUGUCCCCUGGGCACAGCGUCGGCGCUUCGGCCCAUGGGAGCAGCACCCUGCCACUCGUGACACGCAUCGCCCUCUACGGCUGCGACACGCACACGCUGCCGCGCCUGCGUGUGCGGCGCGAUGGCGGGGUGCGGCUUGCGCAGCAGCACAGCGGCUUCUCGGCAGAUGACGGCCACGCAAAGGCUGAGCAGGUGCAAGCCUCGCCGGACUCCACGCGAGCGCUUGCGAUGUCCCAUGCCCACUACACGGCCUUCCUCACCGUCGACAUCGCAGAACCGGGGUACAUGGUGAAGGCACGGCGUGCGUUGGCAGCAGUCGUAGCAAGCCACGUCGGGUACACGACGACUGUAACUGCGCGUGGCGCGGCGACGGCGAUGGAGUGGAACGGUCACUGGGAGGGGGUGCCGGAGCAGAACUGCGUGGAGGGCAUUGUUUUGUGCCUCCUAAGCUCCCCCGCGCAGCUGACGGACACUGCCUCUAUCGUUGCAGAGCUCGAGGGCAUGUUCUCGGGCCUUUGGCAUCACCGGCACGGCGCAGGCGAGAGGCAUAAGACUAAUACCGUCGCCGCAGCUUCCGCGCCGGCUGUUGUGGGCGUUGAGAUCGUGUACGGGGAUGCAGAGGGGGCAAGGGCAGCCAUGAAGAAGGGCAUGCGGACGCUCCUGUCCACCUACGCGCAGCAGGCGAUGACUGCGUUGGACAACGACAGCUGA